CCGCGGGUGUCACCGCGCGGCCACGCCGCGGGGGACACCCCCCCACUGCCACCAGCCGCGUCCCCGCCGCCGCUCGCCCGGGUGACAACCGGGGCACGAGUGGGAGCCGCGUCCCCUCCGGCCGGGCUGGCACCCUCCCGUGUCCCCUGCGGCCGAAUCGUGUCGCCUCCAGCCGCGCUGGUGGCACCCCGCAGUGUCCCCACGGCCGUGUCCCCCCAACCCCCUGGCCGGGGGUGUGGCUGUGGCUGGGUGCGGCCAGCCCGGCGGUUUUGGGGACCCCCUUCUGCCACCUGUCCCCAUCCCAGCAGCCCACGGUGGCUUUGGUGGCCCUGCCCGGCGGGCACGUCCCCGCCGCGUCCCUCCGUGCCUCAGUUUCCCCCGGAGCCGGUGAUUGCUCCUUAAUGGUAAAUCCAUACGGGAUUAAUGUCCCCGCGCGGGGGGCUGGAAAGGUCACCUCAUCCGUCCUGGGGGUGGUGACAGCGCUCGAUGGCGGUGGCGGGGCUGCGGUGACAGGGCUGUGGUGGCGGCUUCGUGCCUGGUCUGGGGAAACUGAGGCAGCCGUGGCUGUGGGUGUGCCUGUCCCCUCCAUUGUCCCCCAUAGGUGGCUUGUGCCAGGGCCGUGGGUCCUGUCCCAUGUGCCAUGGUGGUGUCCCUGGGUGUGGCCGGUGUCCCCGUGUCCCGCUGUCACAUCCCGCGGCUGUCUAAGGGCAGGUUUGUGUGACACGGCUGCGUGUGACAUCCGUGUCACUGUGCCGUGUACUAGUGCCACAGCUGCGUGUGACAUCUGUGUCCAUGUCCCGUGUCCUAGUGCCACAGCUGCGUGUGACAUCCGUGUCCCGUGUCCUAGUGCCACGGCUGCGUGUGACAUCCGUGUCACUGUGCCGUGGCUGCUGUCACAUGUGCCGUGUCGUGUGCCCUGGCUGCCUGUCUCACCCGUCUGUGCGCCACUGUGCCCACGUCCCGUGCCCGCCUGGCACUGCCAUGUCCGUGUCCCGUGGCCCCGCGCGUGUCCCCGUGUCCGUGUGUCCCCUCCGUGCCCCCCCCGCUCUGUCCUGCCCAGCCCCUCGGUGUCCCCGGCUGGGCACCGUGCAGGGGGACAGCGACAGGGUGCUGGCACGUGUCCCCUGCCCGUGGCGGGGGGGCCGCAGGGUCCUGCGUGCCCGUGGGUCUGUCACGCGUGAGGGAGGAGCCACAGCCCCCCUCGGGCUAUAAAACCCCGCGCGGGUGCAGGAGCCGCCGUGUCCCCGGCACUGUCACCCCACUGCCAGGCCCUGGCUGUCACCUCUGCCUGCGCCAUCAUGGUGACAUCCCCGCGGCCGUGGCGCGCGCUGGUGGCCGUGUCCCUCUGUGCCCUGCUGUGCCUGGCGGCCGCGUACCCCCCGAAACCCGAGAGCCCCGGCGACGACGCGUCCCCCGAGGAGAUGGCCCGGUACUUCUCGGCCCUUCGCCACUACAUCAACCUGGUGACGCGGCAGAGGUACGGGAAACGCUCCAGCCCCGGCGCCGCGGUGGCGGAGCUGCUCCUGGGGGCCGCCGGGGACAGGUCACGGUACGAUGACGACUCCUCGUGGUGACCGCCCCGCCCAGCUCCCCCCUGUCCCCCCAAUCCUCCCCAUCUCUCCGGGUCCCCCCAGGGGACCCAGGGCCAGCGCUGCAAGGCCGGGGACCCCCAGAACCCGGCCCGGGGGCGUCCCGCUGCCGGGGGGGCCCCGACCCCGUCCCCUCCCCUCCGCUGCGGGCGGGUCCCGCGUGGUCCCUGCACGGCCCCGCA